AUGUCAUUCACUUCCUUGAAUACUCUUCGCUGGGAUAUUGCUGGUUUGAUGGUCAAGUACUGUGAUGAAGCUGCAGGCAUGCGUGCAUUGCAUGAAAUGUGGCGAACAAAAUUGAGAGAGCAUAUCGAGUAUCUUGGAAACUCAUUGAACAUUCCCCGGACUGUCAAACCUAAAUCCUAUUUUUCGAUCCCCGAGCUGGUUCUCCUUGUAGAAACGGCUAUUGCUGAGAGCCAUUGUCUGGAUGCGACUCUCGUUCAUGUAUUCCUAUGGACAAUCAUGCAAUUCACUGCUGCCCGCCCUGGCUCAUUACUGUCUACUGCAGUUUAUAAGACAUGGUUUCUGCGAUACCGUGAGCUUCGUAUGGUGCGCACAGACAUCCGUGGUGCUUUUACAGCAGAACCUUGGCUUCUAGGAUGGAAGGGAGGUCAUGGUUUUGAUCGCUGGCAGCAAGCAUAUCGUCUUACACCAGUCAAAUCUGAAUCACACCUACUGUGCGAGCCUGGUCUACUUAUGUCUGCUCAGGGCUUGCGCCGGCAACUUUUCCGUGAUCAUAACGAUGUGGACAGUCUGAUUGAUGGGAAAGAAGCAGUCAUAGCCUGGAAGCCAGAAAUUGAAGACCUACCUGUGUUUGCUGCCCUGCGACCACGCGGCCGGGGGAUUAAUCCUGAUAUUCCCUUGUCUGAUGAUGGCGCCCGCAUGUUCUUGCGCAAGAUAUGUAUUGCUGCUGGUCUAGGAGACAACAAUAUGACACCCUACUGUUUUAGACGAGGAGCUGCCAACACGCUUUCUCGUGUUGUGGGUUCUGAAUUGAGCAAGUCAAUCCUACACCACCGGCAGCACUCUGCGACUUUGUAUGAUCGGUAUAUCAUGUCAGCAAGUGAGGUGGACCUCAUUGAGGCUGUGGCCUAUGGCAAACACGAUCACGUUUUGGGUUUAUCUCCUCUUGACGCACCUGCACUCUGGCGGCCAAAUAGGGAUGAAUUAGAGGGCGUUAAGAUGCUUUCACUCGAGGAGGCUAUUGUUAUGUCUCCUGAUCUUCGGCAGUUGACAAUGCAAAAAGCAUUUCUUCGCCAGCAAUCCAAAAUUGAAGGCGCAGAGUGGACUGACAUUAAGGAGUCUCUAUCGCCUGAUGAUAUCUCAUAUGUGGAGAGUAUUGUCACCAAGGAUCCUGAUGCCAAUGCUUGUCUGGCCCUCUAUCGCCGUAUUUCUAUCCGAGCAAAUCGGCAAUAUUCUGAUAUGCGGCAGCGUUAUGCAGCACUACAGCGCCGCCAUGCUCUCAACAAUGCAAAGCCUUUGACUAUAGACGAGCUUGAUGCUCGUCUCCGGGCUUCGCACAAGGGUUCCGAUCUUAGCAGCUUAUUGAAACGAACAGUAGAAGUGGCAGCUUUAGAGAUCAGCGACAAUUACACCGAGGAUGAAGAGGUCAUGGAGUGUAAUCUACAGGAGAGCGAUGACAUCAGCGACCCAUCUGUUCAGCUGCAGGAAAGUCGCAUCAUGCUGUUGAGACAACUUGUUGCUCAUGAAGACCCCCAUGAUGGCCCUCAAAUUUGCGUGAUAUGCAAUGCUGAUGAAGCUCUCGCAGAAGAAGUUCGUACAUUUCAACAUGUGUCUAGGUCAAAACUGCAGCGUCACAUUGAAAUUUGGCAUUCCGGCCGAAAUGAUAUACAUGAGCUUGGUGCGAAGAAAACAAUUUCCUUGUCGGAACUCGCGGGUCAAGUUGGUGAUUGCUCACUAUUAGGUAUUAAUGCCGCUUUUGCUUGUGAGACCGCGUUGCAGAAAUUCAAAGUAUAG